AUGAUCGAUUUUGACUGUACUGUGAAUUCCACUGUUCCAAGAGCUGCUGAGUUUGUAUCCAGUAAGUUGGAGCUAACGUUUUUUGAUGCAUGAGAUAUAAAACAAUUUUCAAUUUGAAUUUUUCCAGAGAUUGACCCAAAAUAUUCGUUGGUCAUUGGAAUUUCGACUGUUUUAACGAUCGCAAACUUGGUUGUAUAUCUUUUUCAAAUCAUUCGAAUAUCAUUGCGAGUUACUGAGCCCGCGCGACAUUUCCUACUCUGCUAUUUGUUGGGUUCUCCGGCAUUUGUUUCAACUGCAACGUUGAUUGCUUUAUACGCCCCAAGACUGCAUUUUUUCUCCACUUUUCUUUGCUGUUUGUAAGUUGUAAAUUAAUAUAGACUCCAAAAAAACAUAUUAAAUUUUUAUUGUAAUCGUCAACUUAAUUUGCAGAUAUCUUCCCGGAGCAUUUUACGCCUCAACACAGCUGAUAUGGGUGACUGUAGCAACAAGGGAGAACAUCUCAUGCCAAUUAAAAAAAGAUUCCCAAAAAUUCAAGAUGAACACUCCACCAUGUUGCUGCUGCAUGCUAUGUCUGCCGGGAACGGAGAUGUCUGUGUAAGUUUAAUAGUCAUUGUUUUUAGGGACUUUACUUUACAUUGGAUAUGAUAAGGUCUAAAUUUAAUUGUUUUAUGACAACUUUGACGUAUUUUACCUGUCUCUUUCUUACUCUGUACCGCAGAAAGACGAUUUUAUUUCAGCCGAAAUAUUAUUCGAAUGGAGCGAAUGGUUCUUCUUUGUGUUCUAGCCAGAGUCGUUGGAACAGUUAUAUUUUUUGGGCUCUACUUUGAGCAUGGAGAACACGCUUUGGAGUGAGUAAUUUUUUUGAUCUGUGCCGUUUUUGACGGUCCACUGGAGCCGUUUAAGAGCGGAAAGAAAAGAUCAGAGAAAAUUGCCAAAUCAUCACGGUAUUUGAAAUUACUGUACGAAAGUAUAGAGACAUAUCCAGCAGAGAAGCAGAUGUUAUGAUACUUGUUGUAAAAUUGUUUUACUAUAGAGCUUUACAAAACGUUUUCAGAUGGGCAAAAUACAUCGACAUGUCUUGGAUUCCAUUUUUCCUCCUCGGCCUCUACGGAUUUCAUUUAUUGGCUGCAAACAUGGCAAAACUAAAAAUUGUGAAAAAGUCAAAUUGCAUCAGCUUCUUCAAAUUGACUGAUCUUUUCUUUCUCUUUUACGGACUUCAACAGCCAAUCUUUGAUGCCGUCACGGGCGCUGGGAAAUUCCAUUGUGACAUUCUGCCAAUGAAAGAUACGGGUUACUGUAAGCUAAAUAUUCGCGGUUUUGGUAGGAAUUGGACAAAAUUUAUCGUAUAAAAAUGACGUCUAGAAAUUUUUUGCCAUGCUGCGAGACUACCUACACCAUCGCUUUAAAAUUUGGAGCUUUUUGAACGAAAUUCUCGACAAAACAUAUUUUUCGUAUAAAAUGUCACUGCUCGCAUUUUUUGACAAAGUUCAAAAAUCAUGUAAUUCUUGUAUUUUUUCUGGAAAUCUGCUGUAUUUUUUUCAGUCUGGAAGAACAUGUCGACAGUAAUUAUCUCCUUCUUCAUCUCCAUUCUCAUGUUUUGGGUCAUCAAGCCAGCCAAGGAAAGCUCCACAACUGUCGACUUUGAGCCAAUUUCUUCUGCAACUUCAAUGAGCCCAACUGAGAAGUCAAUGGAGAAGUAA